CAUCGGAAGGUUUGCACUUGAAAGGUUGCGGAUAAACAUCGGACUCCCUUUUACUGUUGCUCUUUACGUUCAGUUCAACUUUCCCUCUUCUUCUGUAAAUUACAAAAACUCACUACUAAAUCUAUCAAUUGCAACAAUCUCACGUCUCAAAUUACAAAGAAAUUAUUUCUUUGAAUGCUACUACCAAAUUUCUACAUUAAAACGCAGCAAUUAUGUUUGCAAUUUCAGCUAUCAAUGAUACAGAUUCGAAAAGUCAGUGGGAGCCUUUAGCUCCUACCAAAGAAGCCCAGGAGUUCCACCUUACACAAACUUAUCAUGAUGGACUCUUGAAACUGCAAGCAAAGGAGUAUAAAGAGGCACGUGAACUUUUGGAAGCUGUAGUAAAAGACCCUCUGGUAUCUACAACGCAGGUGGAGAGUACUGCUAGUGAUGGCCAUCUCUUACAACUCAAAUUUUUGGCACUGAAGAAUCUUGCUACUGUUUUCUUGCAACAAGGUUCCGCGUAUUAUGAAAGUGCAUUACACUGCUAUCUGCAAGCAGUGGAGAUUGACACUAAGGAUUCAGUUGUCUGGAAUCAAUUGGGUACUCUGGCUUGUUCCGUGGGUUUAUUGAGUAUAUCUCGAUGGGCAUUUGAGCAAGGGCUUGUUUGUAGUCCUAAUAAUUGGAAUUGCAUGGAGAAGCUUUUGGAGGUGCUCAUUGCCAUUGGAGAUGAGGUUGCAAGCCUUUCUGUUACAGAAUUAAUUUUACGACACUGGCCAUCUCAUGCUCGUGCUUUGUACGUUAAGAGAACAAUUGAAGAAUCAGAUCCUGUACCAUUUGCCCCGAGAGGUAUUGAUAGACUGAAACCAGAGCAUGCUAGACUUAAAUUUAUGGAAAAGAGGAAAGCAUCCAACAAAAAUCUGGAUACGGACACAGAAAGUGCGCCAAAAAGGCUAAAGCAGACCAUCGAAAUCCAAUUAAAUGAUUUCUCAUGGACAGCUCUCGCGGAUAGAAUCUUGGAAAUUCUUCUUUCAGAUGAUGGUUGUACUUCUGCAACAGCAGCUGAGAAAUCUAAUCUGCCAGGAAAUACAAGAGUAUUAAUAUGCUUGUCUUCAAAACUUGAAGAGUCUGAAAAGUCUAUGACCAGUUCUAUUCAAAAUAGCUCAAAUGACGAGUGUAAUACGAGAGAGGAAAGUAGUAUUGAUAGAAAAGAGCAACAUUACUCUGACGAGCAAAUACAAGAACGACGAAGCAUCCGUUUGGUUGGCCGUAGGAGUCAGAAAACAGGGAAGGGGGAUGCAGAAUUUUCUGGAAAUAAAGACAUGGAGAAAGUUGUGAUUCAUUCUCUACAACCUUUUAUCUCAAGUGAACAACAGAUCAAGGAUUUUGAUUAUUCUCCAAGUCAUUCUCUGGACAAUGAAUGGCAAGAUGUACAAAAUUUUGUCAGGAAAACUUCCAAUAAUUAUGGUGCUUAUCACUUGGGACAUUUGCUUUUGGAAGAGGUUGCGAAAAAAGGCCCUGUAUAUCGUGAUGCAUUCAUAAAAUUCUUAGAGUUGGAAAAAUUGACAAGGCUAUGGGAAUGCGAUAGAACACCUGAAUGUAGUCUCUUUCUUGCUGAGUUAUAUCAUGACAUGGGAUCAUGUUUGCCCAAUUCAUCUAGGCUGGUUGAGCUUAUGAAUGAGACAUCUUUUCAUCUCUCAAAAAUCAUAGAAUCAGUUGCAUUGGAGUGUCCUAUGAAUUUGAGUGUGAACUGGGGUAAAGAUUUCUCUAAGGUUGAUUCGUCUGCAGAAGAUGGCAAAAAAAGUUCUGAUGGUGCACAUAAAUUUACAGAGAAGAGUUCUUUUUGGGUUCGGUUCUAUUGGUUAAGCGGUAUUGUAUCCAUCUGGGAGGGUAAUAGAUCGAGGGCUCAUGAGGAGUUCUCAGUUUCUUUAUCCCUUUUGGAAAACAACAGAAAUUUGAAUGAUAUGCCUGGUUCUGUCCAGUUGCGUCAUUGCAAAAUUAACAAAGAGUUGACCACUAUUAAAAUUUUGCAUGAAAUUAAUUUGCUAGAGGUUCAAUUUUUGCUGAAAACUGAUGUUGCUGCAAUGCUUGAGAAAGAAAUGUACUUGGAAUGUAUAGAUUUGCUUGCGCCACUUUUAUUGUCCGCAAAAGGUGUUAAUGUGGAUAUGUCACCUCUAGCUGAUAAAGAUCAGGAUGUUAUUACCGAUGAACUCUCAGCUCUAGACAUUUUGAUUAAAGCUCUUGAAAAGGUAUACCCUUUGAAUGUGGAGGUGUACCUAAAUUGUCAGAGGUGUAAACUCCAAAUACUCAUGGUGGCAGCUGGGAUGGACAAUUCUGCUACCCAUUGUGAGUUAUAUAGUGAGAAGUCAGCAUCAAAAGUAAUAUCUGCUUUUGGAACAGAUUUAAAAGAUAGUUCAGGGAAGAACUAUUAUGAUUUAAUUGCAGAUCAAGUAAAGGCAGUUUCAGAAUGUGUAUUUCGUGUGAAGAAUUUCAUUGAUCAGCAGAAAGACUUGAAUGAUAUAAUGAUCCCAGGAAACAGUAUAGCUGGCAUGCAGACUUUGCUGCUGGCACUCAUGUGCAACAUUGCAAGGAUGUCGUUUUGCAAGAAACCUUCUGGUAUUUUAAGUUCAGAUCCUUGUGAACAGAAGCAAAAGUGUUUCUUUGUCAAUGCAGUAGUUGCUUUCUGGAAGCUUCAACAUUUGGAUCUGACAAUCUCCAUUAAAGCUCAAGUUGAUUUAAUUGUCGCAAUUCAUGAUGUGCUUGCCGAGUUUGGGUUGUGCUGUGUUGGCGAAGAUGGUGAAGGGGUCGACGGAACAUUUCUUAAGCUUGCUAUUAAGCAUUUGUUGGCUAUGAAGCUCAAGUCUAGUCGCCAUACUUCAAACAAGCAAUCUAAUGUAUUCAAUGAUGAUAUGAAGAUGUCUGCUGAUACUGAAAUGUCUUUAGCUGAAGCAGCCUCUGCUGAAUAUGGUGACUUGAUAGUUCCAGAUAGUCUUUCCCCUGAUGAGGGUGAGCAAGGGAAACACAUAGAAGAUGCACCUAUUAACAUGCUUUUCAAUGGGAAAGAACCAAGCAAACAGAACUCUCCAGUUGGAUCUGAACUUGUCGAAGAUGAACGAGAAGAACUUGAUUCAUUGAUUGAUAAUGCCUUAAAUCAGUGCUUUUAUUGUCUGUAUGGUCUUAAUCUUCGUUCUGAGUCAGGCUUUGAGGAUGAUUUGGCAGUGCAUAGAAACACAAGUCAAGCAGAUUAUCAGUCCAAAGAACAGUGUGCUGAUGUGUUCAACUAUAUAUUGCCAUAUGCAAAGGCUUCCACUAAAACAGGGCUGCUCAAGCUCCGAAGAGUGCUAAGAGCCAUACGCAAACAUUUUCCAGAGCCACCAAGUGAUGUCAUUGCCGGAAAUCCCAUUGACAAAUAUCUAGAUGAUCCUAAUCUCUGUGAAGAUAUACUAUCAGAAGAGGCUGGGUCUAAUGAGUUUCUUGAUACCAUAACUAAAGUCAUAUAUAAGGAUACAGGAAUCCUUAGUCAGCAUAAACUCUCAAUAGAGAGCUGCGAGCCUUAUAUGGAUGUUUAUAGCGACCUGUAUUAUCUUUUAGCUCAGUCUGAGGAAACAAGUGCUUCUGAUAAAUGGCCAGGCUUUGUACUCAACAAAGAAGGGCAGGACUAUGUUGAGCAGAGUGCAAAUCUUUCCAAAUAUGAUUUAUUGUUCAAUCCUUUGCGGUUCGAGAGUUGGCAUCGUCUUGCUAAUGUUUAUGAUGAGGAGGUAGACUUGUUGCUAAAUGAUGGGAGCAAGAACAUAAAUGUGAUUGGAUGGCGUAAGAAUGACACACUGCCUCUAAGAGUGGAGAGAAGUAGAAGAAGGAGCCGAAGAUGCCUAUUAAUGAGCUUGGCUUUGGCUAAGACCCCAGAACAACAGAGUGAGAUACAUGAGAUGUUGGCAUUAGUGUACUAUGAUGGUCUUCAGAAUGUAGUACCUUUUUAUGAUCAGAGAUCUGUUGCACCCAGUAAAGAUGCAACAUGGAUGAUGUUCUGUAAGAAUUCAAAGAAACACUUUGAGAAGGCAUUUUCCCACAGACAGGAUUGGUCGCAUGCAUUUUAUUUGGGAAAACUUUGUCAAAAAUUGGGAUGUGCACCCGAGCUAUCAUUCUCAUAUUAUGACAAAGCAAUUGCUUUAAAUCCAUCAGCAGUUGAUGCAAUUUAUAGGAUGCAUGCUUCUCGCUUGAAGUUACUCUAUUCAUGUCGAAGGGAGAAUGUAGAAGAUUUAAAGGUUUCUGCUGCUUAUUCCUUCAACCAGACUACAAAAGAGAUGGUCAUGAAUAUUCUCAAAAAAGUAGAAAGGUCAAAGUUGCAAAAAGUUGAUGAGAAAGAUAAUAUGUUAUCUGAUCUUGGUGGCCCUAACCCUGAGAAAUGCCAUGAUUUGGAUGAAAUCUGGCGCAUGUUGUAUAGUGAUUGCCUCUCUGCUCUUGAAAUUUGUGUCGAGGGUGAUUUAAAACAUUUUCACAAAGCUAGAUACAUGCUUGCCCAAGGUCUUUACCGAAGAGGUGAUGUCGAUGAUCUUCAGAAGGCAAAAGACGAGAUCUCUUUCUGUUUCAAGUCAUCACGCUCUUCCUUUACAAUUAACAUGUGGGAGAUUGAUAGUUCAGCUAAAAAAGGAAGACGUAAAGCACCUGCUGUAGCUGGGAUUAAAAAGGCCCUUGAAGUAAACCUGCCAGAAAGCUCUAGAAAAUUUAUUACCUGCAUAAGGAAGUACUUGCUAUUCUAUUUGAAACUCUUAGAGGAGACUGGAGACCUUUCUACUCUUGAUCGUGCCUAUGUUUCAAUCCGAGCAGAUAAGCGGUUUUCAUUGUGCCUUGAAGAUCUAGUUCCUGUGGCCCUUGGAAGAUUAUUAAAGACAAUUAUCUCAUCCAUGACAUCAGCUGAUGGUGCUGGUUCUAGUGCUGCAAGAAGCUCUCCGGAGCAGAUACUAGAAAAAAUGUUUACUUUGUUCAUGGAGCAGGCGAGCCUAUGGCUUGAUAUAUGCAGUUCGUCAGAGAUCAAGUGUCCAGAGUUAUCAGAAAGCACAUUAUAUGGCUACCUUCACCAAUAUCUAUACUCUUUGGAGAAAGAUGUCAAGCUCGAUGCCCUUGAAGCUAUUAAUGAGAAGAUACGGAAGCGUUGCAGAAAUCCAAAACUUUCAAAUAGCAGCUGUUCUGGGGUUUUCAAGCAUGCUUCUGUUGCCUGGUGCAGAUCUCUCAUGAUCAACCUUGUUACGAUUACACCAUUAAACUCUAGUGUCAGUGGCGACGUGACUGCCGAUGUAAACCAUGAGCAGCAUUUGUGUCUAGAGCUGAGAACAAAUGAUUUCUGGAGUCCUUCAUUUGGAAAUCCAACACACCUAGCAAGUCUUGAAACCAAAUGGAAUACACUAUUGUCAAAAGUUGAGCAUGUUGUAAUCAAGAAAACAUCAGAGGAAAAUCUGGAAACUGCAUAUUCUCUUAUGAGAUCUGCAUACAGCUUCUAUCGUGAUAGUUCGUCUAUGGUGCUCCUAUCCGGUGUCAAUCUCUUCUGGGCUCCAGCUCAACUGAUCACGACUGGUCAGUUACAUCCUAGUGCUGAUGGGGCUGAAAUCAUUGAUGUCAGUGUACCUCGGAAACUUCUAAUGUGGGCUUAUACUCUAUUGCAUGGGCGUUGCCCAGGCAUCUCCGCUGUUGUGAAGUACUGCGAAGAAAAUGUGAAGACUAAAGCGAAAAAGGCAAGUGCUGCCUUGACUUCAGCUUCCACCAUCGGCAUACCAGCCGUGUCAACAGCUCAGUCAGUAGUUGGUGGCUCUAAAGACGGGAUGCCAGUUCAAUCUGGAAUCACCGGAACUCAAGCUGCGGGAAGUGGUUCAUCAGUUAGUGAAAAUCCAGCAAAUGGGUCGGCUCCAAUCGACAGCCAAAAGAUUCUAUCAGCAGCACAGCAAUUGCACCAUUGUAACAAUAAUAAUACUAGCACAUCUGUUCCAGAAAGGAGAACUUUUGAUCUUAACAGUGAUGCAGAACCAGAAAGAAUUUGAUAAUUUGACGUUAACGUGAUGUGUAAUGUGUAGUUUUGCUAUCUUCGGUGUUUUUUUACCUAACCUCUAAAUUCUAAAGAAUCUUUUAUGAAGAUUGAUGCUCUAUAGAUUAGUUCAAAAUCUUCAA